AUGGCAGCAGCACAAUCUACACCAAACAUCAAUGAUAAAGAUCAUAUUAUAGCUACAUUGGUCACACUGAUACAGGACAUCUAUCAACAACAUCAUCACUCGAGCGCACGUCAAAAGAGUGGACAGCAACAGAGUGGCAACGCGGCAAAACAGAGCCAGAAGCAUGUGGAGCAAGUGGCCCAGAUACGCUCGCUGCUGCCCGAGCUCAUCAACACACAUCUCAUGAUGACGGGCUCCAUCCAGGACGUCAACCAGAUCGUCCAGCUCAUUCGCAUGAUGAUACAGAAGCUGCCCAAUGGCCAGUGGAUCGGCGACGCCGACUCCAUCUGCUUCUACCUCUUCAAACUCAUCCCGUUCUUGGCGAGUGCCGGACAUGUACGCGACGCAUCUCUGCUCGACAACCUCGUCAGCACUAUACGCGCCGUCAUCAAUCUUCUGUUCCAACACCUGCAUGUGCUGUCGCUGUUCAUUACAGAGACUGCCACGAUGUUCAACGAUCUACAAGAGGUGGCCGAGUGCAUGUCGAGGCAGCAGCUCACCUACCCCGUACUACUCAAAUGUUAUUGCGAGCUAUCAUCAUCAUUCGUCAACACACGAUCAAUGUCAUUCCUCUUGCUCGACAACCUAGUCAACAACAAGUCAUUGGUUGUUAUCGAUGGAGGCAGUACACAACAACAGCCACAGAACACCCAACAACAACAAAGACAAACAAAUGCUAAUGAUGGCAUCAUCAUACCAAUCACAUCAUUGGACAUGCUCAUAUCAAUACUCGCUGGCAUGCUCAACGCGAUAUGUUCAACAUUCGAGUCCAACACCCAAAUGCUCACAAGUGUCAUCGCGCCCUACUGGUACAUCGUCUCGAACAUCCUACGUAACAUCAAGUGUUACAACAACAAUGUAUAUCUCAUCAAAACCUCUCUCAAUACUAUCAAUGCAUUCUAUACUUAUGAACGACCUGAAGGCGUCAAUGUUGAUCUGUUCGAAUCGUUGCUACUUACAUUACAAUAUGUAGUGACAUCCAAUGAUCAUGAUGCCGAACACAAGCUUGCUCAAUCUCUUCGUACUCUUUCACAAUCAAUCAACGACAAGGACUAUUGCUCUUUUGCCGAGCUCAUUGUCCAACGCAUUACCUACAUCCUAUCCACGAGCAAAUCCACGCCACUGAAGCGAACCUUCUGUCAACUAUAUCAACGCCUGCUAUCACUGUCACCGCCAGUACAUCUGUCAAUUGUAAAUAUGCUUCCGUUUCUCAACGAUGAUCAGAUACAGAGCGAGCUGUAUAAGUGCUUCAAGGUGGUGUUUGACUACUCGAUCGACAAUCGCGUCACCAUCAAUGGUACCAUCGACCAGUUCUCAUCGGUGCUCCUCAAUCGUCUGUUGCUGCUGGCGCAGUCUUUCCCCUUUGACACAUUUGCCAACGCCACGCCAGCGAGCCUGACGCGCAUCUCGCAGUUUGUCUGCAGCUUUGGCACGGUGUUCCGCAUCUGCAAGGAGUACCACGAGAACCUCAACAACCUACUCGAACUGUUCAUCCAGCACAUCAACGACUUCUACGAGGUGGUCAUCGCGCAGAAGGAACUGACGGGCGGGCAGAUCGCCGUCGUGUCUCAGAUGCUGGCGCUGUGUCUUCAUGUGCUGAUGGAUGUCGUGCAUCCCAACAUCGACCUGACCUCAUCGCUGGGCAGCCAGUUCAAGUUCACGUUGGACUGCAUCUUCAAUCUCUCAUUCUUGCCAUGGAACCACUCGCUCAUAUUCAAGGCCGCCGACCCCAAAGACUUUGAGUCAAUCAAAGUCCAGUGCAUGGCCCUUUUGGCCUGGACCCCAAGUACCUUUUACUUUGAAGAGCGUCGACUGAUCUAUGAGCAGGCGCUCAAGUCCCUGCUGCCAACGGCCCAGACACCUCAGAGUCUUCGCGUAUCAUUGGACUUUAUUGCACUCAUCCCCUUGUUCUUGGUCAGUUUGACGAGCACAAACAGCGCGAUCAACGACUCUAUCAUCGCGACAACCAUCGACACGCUCAACAAGUUGGUGGGCGAAUGUAGGAACACAAGCGACCCGCUAAUACUCCAGAUGAUCGCACUCAUCACUGGCCACCUGUCCUGUAUCCAGGGUGAUCACUGCAACUUCCAGAUCUCACCCGAGUUUGCCAAGCGCUACCCUGCCGAAGUGGUCAUCAACAAGACCAACGUUAUCUCUCAGCGCCCCUUCACUUUUGACAGUCUGGUCGACAACAGCCCACUACUCAACUCUGGCUGCACCAAGACCAUCUGGUACCCGCGCUGUCCUUGCCAGUUUCGCAAGCAGGACGACCUCAUGCUGAUCCAUCUGAAGCCGGUGCCUGUCGUCGCCAAGCCCAUGUCUCCCAGUGACGGCAGUGACAGCACUGGGGGUGCUGGAGCUGGUGGCCCACUGUUUAGUACACUUCUCGACGACGGGAAUUCAUCUCCGCUUCUCAGCGAGUUUGUUGGCAGAUUCUUGGACGAUCACUUCUCGUUGCUCAGAGACAAUGAUGAGAUUAUUCGUCGUGCGAUCAUCAAAUGCAUCAUCACACUGGUCAAGCGCGACACGUCUGUUUCCAAGGACAUCACAUUGAUGCCGCUAUUCCAGCGAUUGAGGCCAAUGUGGCCGAGCGACUCUGGUGUGAGCGAGGGCGUCAUAGCGUCAAUGGUGAGCCUGUUUGGAAAGCUCGCCAAGCUGAUCGACAUUGACACAUCGUACUUCUUGCUCAUCAUUUGCAAUCUCAUCGAAUGUCUGGGCCGUACGCCCCUGCUGCGCGGUCUGGGCUUUGACGAGCUGGAGCAGGUCACGCGCAGCAAGACCAUGACAACCAAGCAGUUGAUCAACUACCUCGCGCCAACACUCUACCCGCUGAUCAUUAUGCACCUGGCCAAGAAUGUGACGGUGCUGGAGGAGCUGGCCUCGCGAGUGCUCAAGACCAAUCUGUCUGCGCUGAUCAACAUCACCGUCCCCUACGUGCUGCCCAGCCUGUUCACGGGCAAGUGCGAGGACGUGCUCAACGAGCUGAAGCGCUACUUUGACCUCAAGAGCGUGGCCGAGUCCGACCUGCUCAUCUGCUCGGUCUUUGAACACAUCUUCAUGACGUGCACCAUCCAGGAGACACUGACCAGCACCAUCACCUAUGUAGCUGAAAAGGUCGACAGGGAUGUGACCGCACUCAUCCAGUCGGUACCUCGUCGCUUCAUCUACCAACUCACACUCAAUCUCGGUGAUGAAGCACGCGAAGCCCAGGCGGUCUCAGCUCUCAAGUCGGCCCAUCUCCUCCAACAGCGACUGACCGCGCCCAUCUCUGCCAUGCCUUUUGAGCACAGCCUCAUCAAAGACUUCCUGGGUACGAUGGACUUCUUCACAUCAAUCAUGACCAAUCGCCAAAAGACUAUGGCCGACAAGGAGGGCAUGCUGCGCGCGUUUGAGCGUCUGCUCGAGUUCAUUGGCUACGCGGUCAACUCAUUCCGGCCCAAGAUCAUGGCAUUCCUCAAGCUCACGCUCAAGACCCCGCUCGAGCUCAAGGCCAUCCAGAUCUGGUCCAAGUUUGUCAAGAAGCUGGACAUCAACUCGGUCGGCCCCAUCCUCAAUCUCAUCCUAUUCUCCGUGCUGCCCUUUGUCCCUGGCAAUCAAGAAGCCGCGGCCGAGAUCUUUGAGUAUCUGAUCAUCACCAAGGGCGCCAGCCUGCAGCCAUUCUUCCACACGAUCCCCUUCUUGCCACGCGACUACCCCGCCCUGCACAAGGUGAUCGAGGUGCUGAACAAGUCGACUGGAAACAUGCCCUACCUGCAGCAGAUCACGUUGCUCAUGCAGCUGUUUGACAAUGAGAGCAUCGACGUCAAGGUCAUGACUUUGAACAGACUGCGCAGCAUACUACGCGAGCACCGCAGCGAGCUCCAUCACCUGGUCGUCAACAAUCUCAGACUGGACGGCACUGGCACUCCCAUCAUCUCGGUGCUGACCAAGGCACUGCUGAUUGGAUGCCGCGACCCCUUCCAGAAGGUGCAAGUGGCCUUCACCGAGUGUCUGGGCGAGCUGGGCGCCAUCGAUCCAGAGAAGUUUGACUUUACACUGCGCAGCGAAGCGCUCGAGGAGAAGAACCGAUCUACCAUCGCGCAGGACCUCAUCGUGGAGUAUCUUGUCCGCUUUGUUGGCUCGCCCAGCAACCCCACACCACAAGACCGUGCAGCCUAUGCCAUACAGGAGAUUCUCAAGACAUGUGGAUGUGUAGCUGAGCCAAUGAACCGAACACAAGAGGGCAAGGACCUGUGGAAUCACUUUAACAAUGAGGUCAAGGAGAUCCUCAUGCCCUACCUCACAUCAGAGUACUCAUUGACCGAUGCCAAGCCCACCGCCGAGCGUGACGGUGCAUUCUUCAAGCCCAAAGUCCUUUACAAGAAGUGGCUGUCCAGCUGGGUCAUCGACCUCAUCAAGCAUACCAAAGGUUCCUACGAGCCAAUAUUCAAUGCAUGCCGUGGAAUCAUAAGGGACUACGUCAAGAUAUGUCAUUACUUGUUGCCAUACUUGAUCAUGAACGUGUUUGAGUUUGGCACGCAAGACGAUAUUAUGGGUAUCCAAGUGGAGAUGCUAGAGGUACUCAAGAAUGAUACGGACCUGUCAUCGGAGAAUGGCCAGAUGUGCACACAGCGAGUGUUUGAGAUUACAACGGCACUCACACGCUGGGUGGACGGUCGCAACAAGAAGAUGAAGGAUGUUACCAACGCCAAGAAGGUGUCGCCCAAGAGUUCAUCCAACACCCCCAACGCCAUUAACACCAUCGAGACCUUCCUUGGAGGCAUCCCCGAGCUCCUGCUAUCCUCCGCCUCACUCCGCUGUGGUGCCCUAUCCUCAUCACUUCUUCACAUGGAGUCAUACAUCAGGAAGGAGAUCGAUACCAAGAAUCAAAGCAGGGAGUUGGUGAUCAACAACAACAUGACCACAUUGCAGAAGAUAUAUCAUGACUUGAAUGACAUUGAUGGAUUGGUCGGAUUGUCAUUGCUCAAUACCAAUCCAUCGUUUGAUGAGAAGAUCAUGGAGUUUGAGAGCAGGGGCGCAUGGAGUGAGUGCUUCGUUUAUUACUCUACCGCCUGCAACAAUGAUCCGAAUAACGUGCAGUACAAGCUUGGCCAGCUACGCAGCUUGUUCCAUUUGGGCCAUCACGAAUCAGUACUUAUUAUGGCUGAAGGACUCAAGGCUGUGGCCACAGAGGAUCAAACACUGCUACAACAUCAUGGAAACAGCACAAUCGCACAGCAAUACAACUCGUACAGCAUUGAGGCCGCGUGGAGACUGUCCAAGUGGGAGACGGUCGAGGCCAAGCUGCAGCAGCCGUAUGAGCCUAACUUUGACGUAUCGAUUGGCCAGAUCCUACUGGACCUCUACCGACGCAAUGAGCGGGAGUUUGUGGCGCACCUGUACCAGGCGCGCGCCGACCUCACACAGAACCUGGCCGCCGCGUCAUUGGACUCGCAUCACCGCUGCUACACCUACCUCACACAGCUGCACAUCCUCAAGGACAUUGAGCUGAGCUGGAACCUCUCGAACAAGACGUCAGAGACGGCCGUCAUUACCGAGCUCAAUGAGCGCUUCAAGGUCAUCCAGCCAUCGACACUCAUUCGCGAGCCCAUCCUCACGGUGCAUCGUGUGAUCCUCGAGAUCUUCAAUCAUCAGGCCGACACCACACAAUGCUGGCUUCGCAUAGCCAAGUACUCCAGACACGAGGGCAAGUUUGAGAACGCCGCCAACGCAUUGCUGGCACCACGUUUGAUUGAGGACCGUCCAUACUUUAUGGAGCGCGCCAAGCUUGCCUUUGCCAAGGGUCAGACCAACGAGGCCAUCAGCAUCCUUGGUCCACUAUGUGCCAUGGGCGGUCCCAAUGGACCAACUGGCCAACCACAAUUCCAACCAAACAAAGCAGCCAUGAGACACAAUGAUCCAAUCCUUGCCAAGACCCAUCUCCUGCUCGCCAAAUGGAAACAACAAUGUGGAUCCUCACAUGCCGAACUACUCAAUCAUUACAAGCAAGCCUGUCUCUUCAACUGGGAGAAAGGACACUUCUACUUGGGCAAGUUCUACGAUUCGGUGUUGUCCAACAUCAAGAAGAAUGGAACCAAUUUGUUUGUGAGCAACAACAAGUCGAUGAUGGACCCUCUCCUUUUGACCAAGUACACCAAGAAGAUCCUAUCGUCGUAUGGCAACUCAUUGGUACAAGGACACAACUACAUCUAUCACUCCAUGACCAGGUUCCUCACCGUUUGGACCGAAUACGGAUCAACCCUACUCGAUAACAGCGAUUUGAUUAAGGAUUACAAGAACAAGAACAGACAGAGUGCAAAGAUCAACAGCAACAACAACUUUGAUAACCAGGUGAAGGCACUCAAGACUAUGGUAAAGGAGUUUGUCAAUCAGAUACCAGCACACCUAUGGUUGAUGUUCCUACCUCAGUUGAUAUCAAGGAUCGUUCAUAAGAAUCCAGACACUUUGGAAGUGAUCGAGAUGAUCAUUGUGAAAGUUAUGACAGAGUAUCCAGCACAGGCCAAUUGGUUCAUCGUCUCGCUGCUCAACUCCAAGGAGAAGGCACGUAUGGAGGGUGCCCAGCGUUGUUUCAAGAAGGCGUGCGUCGAUCACAUCGAGAACAAGCGAUCGUACGACGAGAUAUCCAGGCUGUCCGAGUACUUCAUCGCGCUCUGUGACCAUGAUGCUGGCAAGAAGAUCAUCAAGAUGUCCACGGACUUCAAGGAACUCUGGGCAAUGAAGAACCUUUCGGUGAUCGUGCCCCUUCAGGCAUCACUCCGCCCGGUGCUCCCACCCUCGGGUAGGUACGAAGAGAACUUCCAGCUGUUCGACCCCAAGGUGGCGACGAUCCAAGGCUUCGAGGACCAGAUCGAGAUCAUGCCAUCGAUGCAGAAGCCCAAGAAGAUCACAAUCAUCGGCUCACAGGGCAAGCGCCACAUCUUCCUCUGCAAACCCAAAGACGACCUGCGCAAGGACAGCCGCAUCAUGGAGUUCAGUCUGAUGGUUAACAAACUGCUCAAGAAGGACCCGCACUGCCGUCGCCGUCGUCUGCUCAUCCGUACCUACUCAGUCGUGCCGCUCGACGAGUUGUGUGGUAUGAUUGAAUGGGUGUCCAACCUGACUGGAUUGCGCAACAUCCUCACCGACCUCUACAAGCAGGUGCCCAACUUCCCCGACAACAAGAAGAUCCGCGAGUACUACGCUACAGAUAACCCUAAAGUUGCCAUCAUCCCCAAGUACGACAUCCUCACCAAGCACAUCCUGCCAUUCGCCCCCCCUGUCUUCUACAAGUGGUUCCUCAAGACGUUCCCCGACCCAUCCGCAUGGCUCGACGCGAGGAACAGCUAUACCAAGACGACAGCCGUCUGCUCGAUGGUGGGCAGCAUGAUCGGCCUGGGCGACCGUCACGGUGAGAACAUCCUCUUUGACACGACUAAUGGCGAGUGUCUGCACGUGGACAUCAACUGCGUCUUUUGGAAGGGCAAGACCUUUACGGUACCCGAGCGCGUGCCAUUCCGUCUCACGCGCAACAUGGUGGACGCAUGCGGUGUCAGUGGCGUCGAAGGCACGUUCAGGAUCGUCUGCGAGCAUACUCUCCGUCUACUGCGAGCGAACCGCGAAGCUCUGAUGAGUCUGCUAGAGACCUUCGUCUAUGAUCCUUUGGUCGAAUGGAAAGGCAAGGGUGGCAACGAGAAUGACAAGGCCUUGGAGAUCAUUAACAACAUUGACAGAGAGCUUCAGGGACUACCGGCCAACAUUGGUCUUCCUCUGUCCAUCGAAGGACAAGUUACAAGUUUGAUCCAAGAAGCUACCGAUCUUAAGAAUCUAUCAGAGAUGUAUAAUGGUUGGGCUGCAUGGUUAUAA